AUGGGGAUCCGAGAGUUUCCCGGCGGCGCACCCAGGAGCAAAAGCAUCGCCGUUGGCAUGAGGAGGUCACCGGACGUCAGCCCCCGGAGACUGUCCGACAUCAGCCCCCAGCUCCGGCAGCUCAAGUACCUGGUGGUGGACGAGGCUAUUAAGGAGGACCUGAAAUGGUCGCGCUCGGUGGAGGACCUCACUAGCGGGCCCGUGGGGCUGACGUCCAUCGAGGAGCGGAUCCUGCGCAUCACAGGCUACUAUGGCUACCAGCCCUGGGCAGCGAGCUACAAAAGGGAGGAGCGCCCCCGGGACUCCCCGGGCCCGGCGGAGGCCCAGGCGCCGGCUGGGGCGGAUGCCAGCGGCCGAACGAGCCACCCCUGCUGGAGAUGCUCCCAGGCACAGCUCAAGAAGAUUUUCUGGGGCGUGGCGGUGGUGCUGUGCGUGUGUUCCUCCUGGGCGGGUUCCACGCAGCUCGCCAAGCUGACCUUCAGGAAGUUCGAUGCUCCCUUCACCUUGACGUGGUUUGCCACCAACUGGAACUUUCUGUUUUUCCCGUUGUAUUAUGUGGGGCACGUCUGCAAGUCGGAGGAGAAGCAGUCUGUGAGGCAGAGAUACAGGGAAUGCUGUCGAUUUUUUGGAGACAAUGGCUUGACUUUGAAGGUGUUUUUUACCAAGGCAGCACCCUUUGGUGUUCUUUGGACACUCACAAACUACUUGUACUUACAUGCAAUAAAGAAAGUAAACACUACGGAUGUCUCCGUGUUGUUCUGCUGCAACAAAGCUUUUGUGUUCUUGCUCUCAUGGAUCGUUCUCAGGGACAGGUUCAUGGGAGUGAGGAUCGUGGCCGCCAUCCUCGCCAUUGCUGGGAUCGUGAUGAUGACCUACGCCGAUGGCUUCCACAGCCACUCUGUCAUCGGCAUAGCGCUGGUGGUGGGCUCUGCGUCCAUGUCUGCCCUCUACAAGGUUCUGUUCAAGCUCCUCCUGGGCAGUGCUAAGUUUGGAGAAGCCGCCUUAUUUUUGUCCAUCUUGGGCGUGUUUAACAUCCUUUUCAUCACCUGUAUUCCCGUCAUCCUCUACUUCACCAAAGUGGAAUACUGGAGCUCGUUCCAUGACAUUCCAUGGGGGAACCUUUGUGGAUUUUCAGUCCUCUUGUUGACAUUCAAUAUUGUAUUAAAUUUUGGAAUCGCUGUUACGUAUCCCACUCUGAUGUCUGUUGGAAUCGUCCUCAGUGUACCUGUGAAUGCAGUGGUGGAUCACUACACCAGUAAGAUAGUCUUCAACGGGGUGCGGGUCAUCGCCAUCAUCAUCAUCGGCCUGGGCUUCCUCCUCCUGCUCCUGCCCGAGGAGUGGGACGUCUGGCUCAUCAAGCUUCUCACCCGCCUCAAAGUGAGGAAGAAGGAGGAGACGGCGGAGGGCGGCGUGGACCCGGGCUCGGGGCCUCAGAGCAAGAGCCGAAGGGCCCGGCCCUCCUUCGCGCGCUGA